UCCGAGUUUUGUCAUUUAGCUGUAGAGGCUGAAGGAGGUGUGAGCACAGCACCUGUUUCUGUUAUCGCUCCGGUAGAUGAUCAACCUUCAGUCAACAUCUCAGGGCACCACAGCGGUCAGCGGCCUCAGACACAGACACAGCUGAGCUCAUUUUAUAAAAGCAGUUGACAACAGCUUUGUUGUCGUUCAACCUCUCUGCUGCUGGUAAUACUUUUAUGACGCAUCACAGGGUUGGAAAUGUAACCUCAAUCCAUCAAGAGGCCAUUAGGUGUCAGGGAUAAACCUUUGAAUUCCUUCUGUUGAUAUGACCCAAUAUUUCUCUCACAUGUGAGAAAUGUCAGCUGCUCCUCAUGGAUGUGGACACGUCGUGUGGCAACGACACCUCGCUCCCCAUGUGCUCUGAGGAGUCGUCAGGUCCACUUGCUGUGAUCAUCAUCCCGUCUCUGUUGGCUCUCAGCACGGUUUUAGUGGUGAUCCUGAUUUUCUGCAGUCUCCACAAGAACAAGCAGAGAGGACAGAGCCCCUCAAAUGGCCGGCAGAGUGUAACUCUCAGUGCAGCUUCUGUCUACGCUCCAAAGGUCCGGCAGGGUUUGUGUCCCUGGGAGAUCCCUGAGGACUGUGUCCUGGAGGGACUGGAGUUCUGGCAGACAGGCCGCUAUGGCCCCGUUUGUAAAGCUCAGCUGAAGAGGAGAGACGGUCCUUCCUCGGCCGUGGUGGUGAAGUCUCUUCGGGACGGGCCCAACCACCCUGAGGCGAAGGAGUUUGUGAAGUGGCUCCUGUUCCAUGCCACAGUGUGUAAACAUGACAAUGUGGUGCGGAUGCUGUUCUGUCAGACCAGGCGUCCGCCCAUGUAUCUGAUCUUAGACGCCUGCAGCCCAGGGAACCUCCUUCUCUUCCUCUGGACGCUCAGAAAUAAUAACUCACAAAUGGCAGAUCCAUUGCAGAACUUCUCCGAGAGGUCUGUGUUUCUGGUGGCAAAGCAGGUUGCAGCUGGCUUGGAUUACCUGAUGUCAGAGCAUAGGCUGGUGCAUGGUGAUGUGGCUGCCAGGAACAUCUUAAUUGGCCCAGGCCUCUCCGCCCGGGUGUCUGGACUGGGUGUAGCGUUUGAAGGUCGCAAAAUGGAUUCAGCAUUUAGGCCGAGGGCAGCAGAGGUGCCUCUGAAAUGGCAGGCUCCUGAGAGGAUUACAACGCAGCUCAGCAUCGACAGGAGUGACGUGUGGUCAUUUGGGAUCCUAUUGUAUGAGCUGGUGACUUUAGGCUCUCCACCCUACCCCGAGCUGGAGCCUGAGUCUGUGCUUCCAAAGCUGCAGGCGUCCUAUCGAAUGAAGAGGCCUGGGGAUUGUGGAGGACCUUUGUAUGAUCUGAUGAACUACUGCUGGAUGUGGAGCUUCAAAGACCGACCUGCGUUCUCCGCCAUCAUCAAGCUGCUGGAGUCCUCCCUGCUCUUUGCAGACGUCAAACCUCUUCAUGUUCCUGAGGUCAUAGAUGUAUUUGACUAUAACAGAAAGGCAGGACUACACGCAUAGUGUUUUUUACUCAGGAUGCAACAUAGACUUGAAACAAAGAUGGACGACGGCAUCUCUACCAUCUCCCAGUGUACAAAAAUGGUCCCAGAUAUGCACCAUCUUGUGCUUUUGGCAUCAUUUGGAGCCAGAGUCCGUGUAGCAUUGGUCAUCAUGUGGAGCUGCAGUAUCGAGGUCAAGCCGAAACACAUCCUUGACUAAUCCUGAGCCAGUAUCAUUGUUAAUCAGGAUGUUUCACCCUGUUUUAUAGCAUCAAAUAACCAUCUUUGAGGUUUUUCCUUUCAGUUUGGUCUGUGACCCAUCAACUAACAUGGAAGAGUUCCUCACCGUGAAUGUAUCCAGCCACCAGGGGGCAAUAGAGAUGACGGCUUCACUUCUGGGGAGCUGUCAUGUCAUCCAUCUAUAAUCUUUGCCCUCGAGUAUUAUGUCUUCCAUUGAAUUUAAACCCUCCAGCGCAUGAACAAUAAUGAAUUGAAAUAAAAACACUGAAAACAA